AUGGCUAACAUAGCAUCACAAGAAGAACUUUUUAGUCAGAUUAAAAGACUUCACACUAAUCACAAGAAAACUUCGUCAACGCGUUAUACAGCAAGUUACUUGAAAAUACGGAUAGAGUCGCUUGAAGAAUACUGGAAUCAAUUCCUUGCUGAACACCGAGAAAUUCUUAAGUCUUCAGUAAGCGUUGAAGAGAAAAAGGAGCUGAAAGCACUCUAUAAUGAUGUUGAAGAUUUCUAUAUGGAGUUCAAGACUAGUUUAUUGGAACUGACGGAAUCUGUCACAAUACAAGAAGGUGCCUCACCUCAAGUGCCUCAUGCAUCUCAACCUCAAGUUGUCACAAAGAGUAAACUCCCACCGAUAAACCUCCCUUCAUUUUCCGGUGAUUACCAAGAAUGGAUGCACUUCAAGGAUUUGUUCAUCUCUAUGGUACACAAUGAGCCAGGUCUGAGUGACAUACACAAGCAUCAUUAUUUGAGGUCAAGCUUGAAGGGUGAAGCAGAACAAGUAGUCCGUCAUUUCGAACUCACAGCCGCAAAUUAUGGGAAAACUUGGAACGCCUUAGUCUGCCGCUACAGCAAUGAUAGAGUUAUAGCUAAUACCAUACUGAAUCGCCUGCUCAAUCAGAAGAAACUCACGUACGAAUGCUCUAAAGGCCUCAAGGAUCUUCUUGAUACUACAAACCAGUGUCUCAGUAGUCUAGCAAAUUUGCAGAUUGAUACAACUACUUGGGAUUCGAUAAUCGUGCAUAUUGUGGUAUCCAAGUUAGAUAGUGAAACUCACAAAGCUUGGGAGCAAUCGCUUGGUUCAUCUAUAGAGUUACCCACGUAUAAGAAGCUCACAUCAUACUUAGAGGGACGAUUCAGAGCGAUGGAAAUGGUACAAGCGACACAGAAGAAAGAUAAGAAAGAGACCACAUUUCAACUACCAGCUACUGCACCUAAAAUAAAGAAUGUGAGAUCUUUCACCGCUGAAGUUGAUACGGAAUGCACAUAUUGUAAGAAAAGUCACUACAUCUGCCACUGCACGGAAUUUGCACAACUCAACAUAGAUCAACGCAAAGAAUUUGUAAGAAACAACAACUUAUGCUUCAAUUGCCUUGUCAAAGGACAUUCCAUACGGAAUUGUAGACAAGCCACAACAUGUAGAACCUGUAAUCGCAAACACCAUACGCUUUUACACCACCAGAGUAUAACUGCGAAUACAGUCACUAUGGAGAAACCCACAGAACCUGAUGACACACAAACCAAGCAACUCACAAGUCUGAAGGUCUCACAAAGAGGAAAACAAGUGAUAUUAGCCACAGCACAGAUAUGCUUGAAAGAUAGCAGUGGUUCUCUCGUACAACUCAGAGCCCUUAUUGACCAAGGCUCACAAGGAACCUUCAUUACGGAGUCUGCAGUGCAACUACUGCGACUGAAGAAGACUUUGCAGCCAGCUAAUAUCACAGGUCUCGAAGAUCAAGCGUCAUUGCCACGACACGUCGUUAACUUAGAUAUUUACUCACCGAUAGACACUCACUAUAUAAUGCAAGUUAACGCUCACGUACUCUCGAAGAUAAAUGGUUGGUUACCCUCAAAGGAGUUUGACAUCUCACAAUGGCCUGCCCUGUCCCAAUUGCAACUAGCGGAUCCUCACAUGCAAUCGCCGGGACCUAUUGAUGUUCUACUGGGCGCCGAGGUCUAUGCAUUUAUUUUGCUAGACGGACUUCACAAAUAUAACGAUGACAAGCUUAUAGCACAAAACUCGAAACUCGGAUGGUUUGUCUCUGGAGCGUCUAAAUCACGAAGUGAUCUGCCACCUCACAAUAUUGUAGCUCACCACGCACUCAUCGAGGUAGAUCAACUCCUACGCAAAUUCUGGGAGACUGAAGAGUACAAGCCACAUGAGAAACCGAUAACACAUCUUGAAAAAGAAUGUGAAGAACACUAUAAAGAAACUCACUAUAGACAAGAUGAUGGACGGUAUGUCGUACGAUUACCUUUUAAAGAUGAUCACGAAAAUAACUUAGGCGACUCUCGACAGAUCGCACUACAGAGAUUAAUGCACAUGGAGAAAAGAUUCGCAAACAAGCCUAAAUUUCAGAAGGAUUAUGCGGACUUCAUCGAUCAAUAUCAGAAGCUGAAUCAUCUAGAAGAUGUAGACCCACAACAUAAGCCAACUCACAAAGUCUACCAUCUCCCCCACCACGCUGUGAUAAGAGAAUCCAGCAGCACAACAAAGCUUCGCGUGGUCUUUGAUGGAACUGCACAGCCGUCAAAUGGCUCAUCUCUGAACGACGAGUUACUUAUUGGACCAUCACUAUUACAAGACUUGCGAGAUCUCAUUGUUCGUUGGCGUACUCACAAGAUUUGUCUGCUUGCUGACGUAAAGCAAAUGUAUCGCCAGAUACUCGUCGCUAAAGAAGAUGUUGACUAUCAGCGCAUACUGUGGCGCUCAUCUCCACAAGAUGAAAUCGUCGAGAAACGUUUGUUAACUGUGACAUAUGGUACGUCAUGUGCUCCGUUCCUCGCUAUUCGCACAUUGAAGCAGCUUGCACAAGACGAAAAAGAGCAAUUCCCAGACUUAGUUGAAAUUAUAAGUAAUGACUUUUAUAUGGAUGACUUACUCACUGGUGCGAAUGACGUGGAACAAGCUACUAAGUUACAGAGUCGUAUCACACAAGCUAUGGCAAAAGGGAAAUUUGAAAUGCAUAAAUGGGCAUCCAACAGUCCUGACGUGUUGAAGAAUAUUCCUAAUUCGGAAAAAACUAAUCAACCAAGUGUCGAGAUUAAGCUUGAUGAUACCAUCAAAGCUUUAGGUAUCAAAUGGAACUCACAUCACGAUGUCUUCGAACUUAAGGUAGAUAUUUCGGAACCCACAGAACGCUUCACCAAAACAGUAAAAAGUAAUAAUUAUUCGGUGGUGGAAAGAAAACUUUUCCUGGAAAUAUUAAAAAAUUAUACCUAUGUUAUCGAAAACAAAAAAAGUGAUGCAGUAACUUUGGGCGAAAAAUCUGAUGCGUGGAACUUAAUAACAGAAAAGUAUAAUGCAUCAGCUUUAAUUUCGGAAAAGAGGAAAGUCGAGCAACUUAAAAAGUUGUGGACCAACAUGAAGACGCAGCAACGUGCUGCAUUGACUAAAGAAAGACAACAACGACUUGCUACCGGAGGUGGUCCUCCAGUUAAGGAUGUGGAAGUAGAUCCUGAUAUUAUGCUAAUUGCCCCUAGUUUAAAUACAACAGCACCAAUUUUAUUUUCAUCCAACAUGGAUGAAGCUGAAGUUGCCGCAAAGCGGAAUGUUGUGGAUAUGAUGGAAUGCGAAGAUUAUUCUAACUUUGAAGCACUAUAUGAAGAUUGUGAUAAUGAUGAAAGCUUAUUGAAUCAUGCUAUGACAUCUGAAAAAAAUUUUGUUGAAGCAUCAACGUCUGGUGUUACUGGAAAAAAAACACCAUUUGUAGAGAAUUCUAAAUCUCAUAAAAGAAGAGGUAAAGAAAAUACGUGUAAUGAGGAGGGAAAAAGUUAUACGGCUGAAAGACUGACAAAAAUUAUACUACAGGAAGAAAAAUUAUUUUGUCAGAAACUAAACCAUGAGCAAGAAAUACACGACUUAACAAUGGCCCACUUGAAACAGAAGUAUGCAUUGGAAAUUCGUACAGCAACAGCUACAGCAAACUUGGCAGAGUUACAGUUGUUGAAGGAACAAAAUAAAAAUCAUGAUUCUUUUCAGUAUGAUAGUUAA